AUGGUGUCAAUGGCCUUACAAGGUCACAUCAACCCUACGUUAAACUUCGCCAAACGCCUUAUUUCAAAGGGUAUCCAUGUCACCAUCGCUACUACAGAAGAUGGUGGCAACCGCAUGCUCAAACACACUGACAAAAUUUCCUCUGAUUCAGGAAUCAAACUCGAGUUCUUUUCUGACGGUCUCAGUGUUGACUUUGACCGCUCGGAUACAAAAACCUUUCUCAACACUAUCCAAGAAAAGGGUCCUCAGAACCUUUCCAAUCUCAUUACCAACCUAACAAAAAAUGAAACAUUUUCAUGUGCAAUUGUCAAUCCAUUUGUUCCUUGGGCCAUUGAUGUUGUUGCUGAACAUGAAAUCCCUUGUGCAUUGCUUUGGAUACAAGCCUCCACUUUGUACUCAAUUUACUACCGUUACUUCAAAAACAACGACUUGUUUCCCAAGUUGGAUGUUCCUAAUGAGAAGGUGCAAUUACCUGGGUUACCAGUGUUAGAGGUAAAAGAUCUUCCUUCACUGUUGCUUCCUUCUAGUCCUCUUCAUUAUAAAGAACUUAUGGCUUAUUUUAUCAAAGCUUUGGAUAAAGUGGAAUGGGUUUUAGGUGCUUCAUUUUUGGAAAUUGAAGAAGAAAUAGUGAAAUCAAUGGAUUCAUUAACUCCAAUUUAUCCUAUUGGACCAUUGGUUUCACCAUUUCUAUUAGGUGAAAAGGAAACAAGUAAUGUUAGUGUUGAUAUGUGGAAUGCAGAAGAUGCAUGCAUAGGUUGGCUUGAUAAUAAACCAAAUUCAUCAGUUAUUUAUAUAUCAUUUGGUAGUUUGGUUGUGUUAUCACAAACACAAAUGAAUAACAUAGUUACAGCUUUGAAGAAUAGCAACAAGAAUUUUUUGUGGGUUGUUAAGCCAGCAAAUAAUGGAGGAUAUGAAACAAAGGAUGCUGCUUAUGAAUUACCAAAAGAGUUUUUGAAAGAGACUGAAGGGAGAGGUUUGGUUGUGAAAUGGUGUGCACAGGAGAAGGUGUUAAUGCACCCUGCUGUUGCUUGUUUUCUAAGUCAUUGUGGUUGGAACUCAACACUUGAGACAUUGAUAACUGGUGUGCCUGUUAUUUGCUGGCCUUCUUGGCUUGAUCAACCAACAAAUGCAAUGCUUAUUGAGAAUGUGUUUAGGAAUGGGGUGAAAGUGAAUUAUGGGGAAGAUGGGGUUGCAAGUGUAAAAGAGAUUGAGAGGUGUAUUAGGGAGGUUAUGGAAGGGCCUAAUGCUGGUGAGAUUAAGAAAAGGGCUAUGGAAAUUAAAGAUUCUGCAAGAAAAGCUUUGGAGGAAGAUGGUAGUUCUAGUAAUAAUUUCAAUCAAUUUAUAAGUGAAUUGAUUGUUAAAAACAAUUCAAGGGAACAGCAGAAAGCUUUAGAUACAGAAGUAAAUGUUGAGCUUCAGUUUUAG